AUGGAGAUUGCAAACAUUUUCCAAAAAUGGCGAAGACAAAGAACAUCAGCCUCAGAAAAGAACAAGACCUUCUUUAAAGUAUUUAAAAACGAGAAAUGGAGAGCAAGAGGCAAUAAUAAACCUGGCCUAAUAACAUUUUGUGAAGAAAAAACAAAUGAAAUGAGUAAAGAAAUAGGUACAACAAAACUAGGAGAAGAUGAAGAAAAAAAGAACAAAAUUAAUGAUAAUGAUGAAGCGAAUAAGUUAAAGGAACCAACUAACCAACCAUAUACAAAUACCUUUGAUGCUCCAAAUGCAUUAUUAUUUGAAAAUUUAAACAAAGAGUAUAAAUUUAUAACAACACAAGAUAAUUUUGAUGGGUUUAGAUUUGAAGUAGACAAAAGUGUUAAUAAAUAUUUACAGUCAACUCAUACAUUAUUCCUGGGUACAACAUUAAGAGAUGUUGGAUAUUUGUACCAAUUUGGUGCAAACUUUACAAAUAGUGAUAAUAGCUUAUUAAUGAUUAGCAGGGUUAAUAUAGAUGGUAGUGUAAAUGGGAGAUUCUGUAAAAAGAUCGAUAAUAAUAUUGAUUGUAAAUUAAAUUUUAAUACUUAUGCAAAAAAUGAUACUAGAAAUAUGUAUGAAAUGUCAGUAGAAGUUAACAAACCUUUACAUACAUAUAAUGUGAAAACAAUAUGGCAAGGGACAUGGAUUUUUAAUGCUUCCUACACUCAGUUAUUAUCUAAAAAAUUACAAGCAGGAGUGGACUUAACAUAUAUUGCAUCUAAUUGUGCUUCUAUUGGAUCUUUUGGGUUACGCUACAAUCAUAAAAAUAAUGUUUUAACUAUGCAAAUCGUGAGACAACCUAAUUUCAAAUCUCCGGAAUUUAUGCUUAAUCAAACACAUUUAUAUAAAAUUCAAUAUGCCAAAAAAGUAUCUGAUCGAUUAUCUUUGGCAACAGAACUUGAACUCACUCCACAAACAAAAGAAUCAGCCAUGAGACUUGGAUGGGAUUACUCAUUUAGACAUGCAAAGGUCCAAGGUAGUAUCGACACCAGUGGAAAAAUUGCAGUUUUCACGCAAGAUUAUUCUGGCUUUGGGGUUAGUGGUUAUAUUGAUUACCCUAACAACGAAUAUAAAUUUGGUUUCAUGAUGCACAUCGCACCUUCUCAAGAGCAGCUUUCCCAGGGGCCUACCUAG